CACGGCAGGAGGCAGCUGCCUGCACAGCUGCCCGCCACGCCUGCACCCUUCUGGCACAGCGGGCAGCACCCGGCAGCACCCAGCUCAGUGCCCUCUCCUCUGGACCGUGGCGGGUCAGUACUGCUUUGGUGCUGGGGAGGAGGAAGAGGAGGAGGAGGAGGAGGAGGAGGAGGAAAAGGCUGUUGGAUGCUUACGGUGCUGCCUCUCUUGGGUGGCCUCUCAGUGACGGUGAUGGGGCUGCACCCAGUGUCCCAGGCUCCUGACCCCCUGCUCUGGGAGGACGCCCUGAACCGCACCGGUGGGACGUUGGGACUCUGUGUGGACACUGCUGCCUUCAAACCCUUCAGGCAGCCUUGCUGAAGGGGCCUCCUGCCCUGGAGCAGCACCCACGUCCCGCACCCAGCCCCGAAGGGCCCCGGUGGGCGCGGGGCGAGCGGGGUGGCUGCUCUGGCCACCCUGAUGGAGCCAGCGGCAGGCAAGAAGGCAGAACCUGCCCUGCUGCUGGUGCAGGCGGCUGAUGGGGAAGGCUGUGCCAGGCAGCAGUACGAGAGAGAGACUGUGGGGUCAGGGGACCCUGGGGAGCUGCCCCGACACUGUGGAGAGGCGUCUGCUGCUGCCUGGAGAUGCUGGGAGCUGCCACCGGCGGAGGAUGCCAGGGAGCCGCUCCUGCCCGGGCAUGAGGAGCCGCCUGCCCUCGGUGCCUCCCUGCCUGCGGGGCAGGCCCCUCCCGCUGCCGACACCACCGGGCCCGUCCUGCCCCGCGGGGAGAGCCCAUCGCUCGGCUCCGGAAGAGUCUCCAUCUCCGUGCUGAGUCUGUUCGGCGAGGCGGAGGAGGCAUCGUGCGAUGGGGAGGCGGCAGCAGCAGAGCCGUGCCCCGUGCCGGCGGGAAGCGAGGAUGAGUGCCCCAUCUGCACGGAGCCCUACGACGAGCAGCGGCACAAGCCGGCUGUGCUGAACUGCAGCCACGGGCUGUGCUGCGCCUGCCUGCGGGCCAUCAUGGACACGGCCACCGGCGCCGAGCUCGGCCGCGUGCGCUGCCCCAUCUGCCGCCAGAAGACGCCCAUGCUGGAGUGGGAGAUCUGCAAGCUGCAAGAGGAGCUGCUCCUGCUGCAUGCCCAGCCCGGCUCCCCCGGUGCCCUGGCCACCUCCCAGCCCCCUGCCUUGCCGCCCCGGCGGCCAGGCCUGGCUGGCGCCCUUGAGCAUCGUUUCCAGGUGCGCUUCCACACCAGCCGCAUGUUCGGGUGCCUGCCCUGCGUGCGGUACCCGCCCUGCCUGAUCCGCGCCCUGGCCCGGCUGGAGCGGCGCUGCCGCUGCUGCUACCUCCUGGUGUUGGCGCUGCUGCUGGCGGCAGAGAUGCUCAGCCUGCUCCUCAUCUUCCUCCCCAUCGUCCUCAUGGUGAUGCUCUUCCUCAUCCUCGACAAAUAACGCUGGCUUUGUGUCCUCAGGCUGAGCGUGUGUGGGGAGAGGAGCCCAGCUCCAACUCUGCCCACGGCUGUAUUUCCAGCUUGGGACAAGCCUGUGACCCUGGUGCCUGGGACACCUGGCACUGCCAGUGAGCCCAGAGCAGGUGAGGCAUCGGAGGAGCAGGAGCAGUCAGCAGAGGGAGGUGACCCUGGAGCUGAGCAUCACCUGCCCCGGGCUCCAGGUGACACAUGACUGCCACAGCCGAGGGGGGAUGGAGCGGGAGCCCUUCCUGCCCUGGGGCACAUCCCUGGCCUGGGGGCCCGGGACCAGAGAGGCUCUGCGGGCAGAGCAGGGCUGUGCCGUGGGCAGUGCAAUUGGCUGUGCCGUGGGCUUUGCCAUGAGCUGUGCCAGCUGCACCCGGGACAGACAGGCUGGGAUCCCCCAGCAUAGACUGAAAAUACAACCUGUGUUUGUACCUCAGCCAUGUCCAGCUGACUUCAGGGCCUGGGCUGAGCAUGUCCCCUUGGGCCAGCAAGUGACACAAGGAGAGGGUGGGCACAGCCAGUGGUCCCCAGCCACCCUACAAAGGGUGUAUGCUCCACCAAGACACCUCCCAGCCCUUGCUGAGCCGUGCCAGCCUGUGCUCAGACCAUGCCCUUAAGGGAGAUAAGUGAGCAAACACUGCUCUGUCCCUGCUAUACCUGGGUGGAGGAGCCUGUUGUGAGUGGCACCAGGGCUGUGCCCACAUGGGGCCUGCCAUGGAGUAGGAGUGUCCCAGGGGUGAGCAGGAUCUGGGCUCUGCAUUUGACUGCUGGCCUCGUGUGGGGGCCACACACCAGCCAGGUGAUGUCACAGUGUGGCUACUCUGCACCUUUGUUCCUCCACACUCCUUGGGGAAACCUGUACCCCAAUGGGACAGGGAUGGGGAUCCUCCCAGGCUUUCAGCCACCUUUGGGCUGGUGGUGGGUGGCAGGGAGUUGUCAGAUCCUCGAGAUUCUCCCAGGAUUCCAUUUUGUGGGUGCUGACACCCACCUCCACAGCCUGGAAUGUGCAGCAGUCUGUUUGUCGCUGCUGGCCUCCUCUGGGUGUCCUGCCAAGGCUCUGUGCUGACCCCAGGCCGAUUCCUGCCUCCCUGUGCUGUCAUCCGUCUGUCCCACUCAGCUCAGCCCUGCUGAGGGGCUGGUGACACUGCUGUGCCCUGUCCUCUUGCCUGGCUGUGCUGGGCUUGUACAACCAUCUCCAUGUCCCAGCUUUGCCCUUCUCCCCCGGAAACACCACGUGGGCACCUCCCCAGGGCUGUGGGGGACAGACUACAGGGUGCCAGCCUCCUGACCCCUUUCCCCUUCCUCCUGCCCAGAAGCUGGGGGGGGGGGGUGCAAAGCCAGCAAGCACUGCUGUGCCGACACAGCCCCAGAGAAAACCCAUGUCCUUGUGCCCAGGAGGGCAGGGACUGGGGCUGUUGGCUUUGCAAGGACACUGGUACCACUCAGCAUCAGCACAGCCAUGGGCUGCUCUGGCAAAGUGCUGAGGCAUAGGGUAGGAGCAGGGCACCCCAAAACAGGUCAGGUCAGGAGGCAGAAGCAGAUGGGUCCCUCCUAGCCCUGGUGGCACCAAGGAAUAUUUAUUUAUACCAAGUGGAGCAGCUCCAUCAGGAGAAGUGCCAGUUCAGCCCUGGCUGGGGUGUUUUUGGCUCCAUGGAGCCUGUGGGGAGGGGGAGCUCAGACACCCAGGGGGCCCUGUCACCAUGUGGGAGCCUUGUGUCCCUGCUGUACAUUGUGUGGGGGUGUUGGGGUGAACCAGGCCAGAGUUGCCCCCACAGGACACCCCGAGCACCCCUGUGCUCCCUGAGCCAGCUGUUGGCACCUCUGGGUGCUGAAAGCUGAAGGGCACCUCCACCCCCCCAGAAGGGGGUCCCUGUGGGCUGUGGUGUGGGAUGGACCCUGUGGGUGAUGUGGAGCCUGGCUGAAAUGUCCACUCCCAGGACUGGGUUAUAUUUAGCACCCUGAGAUAAAGGUGAGCAGGGCUGGGGGCUGACAGGGCUGACCCAGGGCUGAGGUAGGGCUCUUGCUGUGGGCACAGCACAGCCCCCCAGACCCACCCAACCUCCCCACUUGCAGCCCCAUCCCCUCUCCCCUGACACCCUAUUGCACCAUCCCAAAUGUGUCCUUGCAUCCCCCUGCUGGCACCAGGUGAUGGGUGUCCCCAGACCAGUGAUUUGGCUGUCCCCAUCCGGGCACGGACCUGCCCGUUCUCUCCUGGCCUCUCCCAGUGCAGCCUGGCGUGUCCCACCUGGGUCCUGCUCUGGCCAGAGGCUUCCCCAUCCCAGCUGCAGCACAACCAGCAGCACCUUCCCGUCUCCACUCCGGGGCCGUGUCCCCACCCUGCACGUCCGGAGCGUGACCAGAGGGCCAGCAGCCACCGGGCCAGCAGCCACGGGGCCAGCACGGGGAGGGACACGGGGCUGGGCAGUGAGCAGGACAGCCACCCCUCUCCUGGAUUUGACCCCAAGGAAGCACCCAAGCUCAGCAGUCCCAGCGGCAGGGCCAGCUCUGCCCCGGGGACCUGUCCCAGCCUCUCGGCCCCGUGCCACCACCCAUUACCCACCCAUUACCCAUUACCCAUUACCCAUUACCCAUUACCCUGUCACCGCAGGCCCGCGCAGUUGUGCAAGCAGGUGCCGGCACUUCGCAAGCAGCUUCCUGUCCGCUGGAACGGCCCUUUGGGGCUGUGACCGCCCCGGUGCUUUGAGGCCGCGUGUCCCCGAGGAGGGCACAGUCCUGGUGCUCAGCCGCCUCCCUGCAGCUGGGCACGGCGCUACCGCAUCGCCCAGCGCAGCCUCGACUGCGCCGCGGCCACAUCCUCCCCGCUCGCAUCCGUGGGGAACUGGUCCUAUUGUGCAAUCUCUGGAUGGGGCUGGUGGGGCCCUCACACGGGGACUGGCCUGGGCACUGCCCAGCGCUGCCACCGCCCCUGCAGCAGAAGAGCAGCCCCAGCCCUGAGCCGCGGGCACCAAGCAGCCGGGCCGCAGGAGCUGCUGUUCACAGAACCACAGAAUGCACUGGGCCCAUCAGGAUCAUCCAGUCCAACUCCUGUCCAUGCACAGACAGCCCAACAAUCCCAGCCUGUGCCUGAGAGCGUUGUCCAAAUGCUUCUGGGGAGAAUGACUGGCAAACACCGUACCCUGAACCCAUGCCAAAGGCUGGGCCCAAACCAGCCCGAUCCUGGCACUUCCCGUCUGAAAUGAGGACAUUUGGGAAAAGGGUCAUGCCCAGGAGCAAUUUAACUCCCCACCUCCCUCCUCCGAUCAUAAGCCAAACUGGACGCUGGGAGAGCCCAGAGCUUCAUGCCAGCCUGGGACAGAUGUUACAAUGAGGAGAUUUUACAACCAGCUCACCUGGGAACAUCUGGGAGCGUCUCUGCUCUCAUGUGGCCAAAACUGCUCCUGCAGCAAUGUCCAGGCUAUGCUGAAGCAGCUCGUAGGACUUGGAGGUCUUUAAAAACUUAGCGUGGAGGCACAAAGCUCAGAAUGGCCAUGGGAGCAUUUUAGGGGAUAUGAAAGGCUUUUAGUUCACCUGCAUCUGUGACACAAGGGCUGGCACCACCCCAUGUCCCUGUCCUCUGCAGCAAACCUGGCCCCUCUUCCAGCAAGUGCUUAUUCGAGGUUAAUAGGGCAGGAGAAAUGGGCUCUCACCCAGUACUGGCUCCUGAAAGGCCCUAUUUCUUCCUUAAUUGCAAC